UUACGCCGCCUCCUCCCCUUCCAGGCUCCACGUCAGAAGGAACCGGGAGGAGCGGCCAACAUGGCGGAACGCAGGAGACACAAGAAGCGGAUCCAGUUCUCUCCCAGUUGUACGUUCUUUGUUGAACAUCCAUAAGGGUGAAAUAUCGAUGUGACGGACGAGUGGCUCACGGCCUCACCCAGAAACCCAAAGGUGUAAUAAGUUGAUGGAAGUUGGUGAGCCAUCAAAAGAAGAGAAGGCCGUAGCCAAGUAUCUUCGAUUCAACUGUCCCACAAAGUCCACCAAUAUGAUGGGUCAUCGAGUUGAUUAUUUUAUUGCUUCAAAAGCAGUGGAUUGCCUCUUGGAUUCAAAGUGGACAAAGGCCAAGAAAGGAGAGGAAGCUUUAUUUACAACCAGGGAGUCUGUGGUUGACUACUGCAACAGGCUUUUAAAGAAACAGUUUUUUCAUCGGGCCCUGAAAGUAAUGAAAAUGAAGUAUGAUAAAGACAUAAAAAAAGAAAAAGAUAAAGGAAAAUCUGAAAGUGGGAAAGAAGAAGAUAAAAAGAGCAAGAAAGAAAAUAUAAAAGAAGAAAAGACAAAAAAGGAAAAAGAGAAAAAGAAAGAUGGUGAAAAGGAAGAGUCCAAAAAGGAAGAAACUCCAGGAACUCCAAAAAAGAAAGAAACUAAGAAAAAAUUCAAACUUGAGCCACAUGAUGAUCAAAUUUUUCUGGAUGGAAAUGAGGUUUAUGUGUGGAUCUAUGACCCAGUUCACAUUAAAACAUUUGUCAUGGGAUUAAUUCUUGUUAUUGCAGUAAUAGCAGCCACCCUCUUCCCUCUCUGGCCAGCAGAAAUGAGAGUAGGUGUCUAUUACCUCAGUGUGGGCGCAGGCUGUUUUGUGGCCAGCAUUCUUCUCCUUGCUAUUGCUCGCUGUAUUCUGUUCCUCAUCAUUUGGCUGAUAACUGGAGGAAGGCACCACUUUUGGUUCUUGCCAAACCUGACUGCUGAUGUGGGCUUCAUUGACUCCUUCAGGCCUCUGUACACACAUGAAUACAAAGGACCAAAAGCAGACUUAAAGAAAGAGGAGAAAUCGGAAACCAAAAAGCAACAGAAGUCCGACAGUGAGGAAAAGUCAGACAGUGAGAAAAAGGAAGAUGAAGAUGGGAAAGUAGCACCAGGGAAUCAUGGAACAGAAGGCUCGGGCGGAGAGCGGCACUCAGACACGGACAGUGACAGGAGGGAAGAUGACCGGUCCCAGCACAGUAGUGGGAAUGGGAAUGAUUUUGAGAUGAUCACGAAAGAGGAACUGGAACAGCAGACAGAUGGAGAUUGUGAUGAAGAUGAUGACAAAGAUGGAGAAAUGCACAAAUCUGCACAUGAAAAAUUAUAAUCCGACAAAUUUGGGGACUGAAUAAGUGCAGCAAGUUGGGUUUUCUACGUUGGGUGAUCAUAAUGUACACAUGGCAUUUGUAGCAUUCUUUAAAUCCAUUUUCUGAAAUGUGUUUGACAUUCAAUUAGAGUCAGCCUUUUGUUUUGUAGAGCAUUGGUACUAUUGGCACAGUCUAAAGCCAUUACUAAUUUUAUCCAUCUGAUAAUUUUACAGUAAGUAGGCCUCAUUUUGAUAGUUAUCAAAGAAAUAUUGUCCACAGUGACAUUUAGAUUAAGGGCAUUUUUGAUAGUUGUAUGGCUUUUUACUGUUAGACUAAUGGAAAUCACUAAAGAAACUGCAGCAUUUCAAAUUAUGCAUAAAUAUAUAGCCAUUUUGCAGUUUCUUUACAAUGAAAUGCAUAAACUCAUUGUUCUUGGUAGCUAUGCUUUUGUUUUUCUUCAUAAAUUAUACCAGAAAAUUCCUUUUUAAGAUUUUGAGUUAGCAGGGAUCAAGAACAUUUUGUGGAAACAAACCAGCUAGUAACAGUGCAGCAAUACUUUUAAUUCUGCUACAAAUUCUCCUUUUCCAACUUAGGAAAUCCAAACUGAAUUGUGCAUUAAAUCCAGAGAAAGGUGGUCAUCUCCAACACAGUGAAGAGAUUAGAGGAUGAGGGCUCUUCCUUCCUCCCAUCUCCUUGUCAUAAAUGUAUUCUGUACAUAAUUUACAAAUAAAACAUUUUAUUUUAAUUGUUACUUAUUAUUUAGACAUUUCUCAACACUUAAAUCUGUAAAGCGACAACCAUGUAAGGGUCUGUUUUUAGAGUUCCAGGAACCCGCAGAACAUCUGAUCUCUACAGCAGCUUCAGUCAUGUGCCAACAUUCCAUGUGUUUCAGUAGGAGUAAAAAUGAUCCUUAUUUUAAAUAAGAACAGACUUAAAGUAGCUGUUUGUAUGCCUUAAUGUUCAUUUUGAUUUAUUUUAAAUCUUUACAUUUAGAAAUGGGGACUAUGUUAUCAGACCAGGAGUCACUACUGGGAAAGACAAUUUGCUGUUCUAAAAUACCAAUUAAAAAUAAAGGAUAUAAAAGAAAACAUAGAAAA